AUGCCAGGCCGCCUCAUCCUACGGCGCCCGUCCCCGACGACCGUCUCGUUCACCGUUUCGAAUGCCUCAAGACAUACCAGCACGCCUGCAAAAGUUCUAUUCUACCUGCAAGUUGUGCUGCGGGUGCUGAGCUUUUUCUGCGUGCUCUUACUUGAUGUCGCCAAACUCCGACACUCUUCCUACAUCCAAGAAGCGCGAUUGAUCCCCUGGGCAGCUGUAUGGUCGACACCGCUGGGCGCCUCGGUUUGUGGCUACGCGGAUAGGUACAGCUACCCAGCUGUGGGACUGGUCAGUGCAAUUGUGAUGUAUGGUGUCUUUAGAAAAGGAUACACAGAAGAGUCGCUCCUCGUUAUACGCGGGCUGGGCAUCCAGACUUCGACAUCCUCCAGCACGUACUUAUCAAAAGCGUCUACGCGAUUCAUACCUACCACACAGAUCCAGGAUAUUGUGAUCCAUGAGGCUUUUAAGGGAUUCGAGGUUCGCUUCUAUCUCGCUGUAAUUGUCGAAGGGGAGACGGAAGUCCUCGUGGUUUUCCCUAACCUCCUUCCGAAUCGACAAAUUCUAGAAGAGGUCUGGAGAGGCUCCCGACGAUGUCUGUAUGAUUCCAAGUCAUAG